AAAGAAGAGAGAGAGAGAGAGAGAGAGAGAGAGAAAGAGAAAAGAAGAGGGCGAGAGAGGGUAGUAAGAAUAUUCUCCGUAAUUAAGUCCCGCCACUUCCUCGACUCGAUGCGGUGCGCGGUGCGAGAUAGUGAAAGAGAAGGAGAUAGCUAAAAGGACUAUCCAUGGAGAACGCGGCAGGAGAAGAAACGCGAAGAAAAGAAGCGGCAGAGCGAGCGAGAGAAGGAGGCGAAAAAAAGGAGGCACGACGAUCGAGCAAUAAAUAAUAUAGGGGAAAAAGGCGAUCGCGCCUGCAACAUUCUGCUCAAAUGUUAAAUAGGUAUCAAUUUAACAACGACCAAUGCACGAGUCCGUGGGCGUAGAGAGUCGUUCCCGGAUUGGUUGUACCAACCAACAGUGGGCGAGGCUACCGAGGAAACCGGGUGCCGGGAGUCGGCGACGCAUCUCGUCGUUCUGGUAGGGAUAAACCAUCUGGCUUCACCGGUGCCCUCACAACGUCUGGUCUCUCUCGACGCGACCGAUUCGGAUUCACGUACUCGCCGGCGUUCCGGUUAAGCCACCGAGGACUCGGAGUUUCGUUGACGAAACGGAGAACUCGUUCUCCUCUCUCGCUAUUUGGAUGAUCGCGCGAACGUGGCCUGUUAUGUUUUCAUAAAGUGCGAGAGUCCUUCGCCGCGUGCGGUCUUUCGUUCAGUGUGUUCCCGAGAAGUUAAUUUUUCGACUCUGAGACUGAGACCUGUCAAGACUCGGGCUUAUCGUUAGUGCGAGGUCGUGCGUUUUCCGGGAAGAAAAAAAUUGUCUCGGUACGAUUUUCGAUCGACAAAGUGAUCUACGAAAGAACAAAGAUAUUUCUUUUCUUUGUCCAAAAUGACAGAGAGACCAGCUUCGAAAGAGACCCGUUGGUUUCCGAUACGCGUUAUGGAAAAGAGACGUGAUUCAAGAAUGGAUUUUAGUUUCUGAAGAUAGAGUUGAUGUAUCGACACAGAAUUAUUGUUUAUGUGUCAAAAAGAAUUAAUGGCUGAUCGAGUCAGUGAGCGAAAUCAGUGAAACUCGCACUUGGAAUGUAGCAUCUCAAACUGGUUAAAAAAAAGUGAAGAGAAAAAGACGGUGAAUUUCAGGGAGAAAUGAAUAUAUUCGGUAAGUUUUUCCGUCCUGUGUAUAUAAAUGGUACCAGCAUCGGUAUACAUACGUAGAAACAAAAUGGCCGCCGCUCGACGUGAAAUUUAUGAGGUGGUCCAGAUCAAAUUCGUUGUGCGAUAAAUUUAAAUGUUCGUCGAACUCUUGAAUCCAUUGUAAUCUAGUCCUCUCGAAAAAAAAAUUCUCUCCGGAUUAAUUUUCUCCAUUGACAUUUCAUCGUUCGUUCCCACGAGUUAUCGCUUCGCAAAUUGUGAACUACGUGACAACUCCCGAUGAAGACACCCGGUAUUUGAAACGUAAAUAUUUUCACGGAAGCCGAUACGAAGCGCCGAGUUCUCGCGAAGAGAAGGAGAGACCAUGUCGGAACACGGCGAUAGCGACGUGGACGCGACGGAGGAAAUCAACGUGGACGAUUCGGAUUCUCGUAGCUGCAGUCCGCGAAAUUACGCGAGCCACGACGGUCGCCACGUGUCCCAGGAGACGUCCGAAUGCUCCACUUCGCCGCCCCCGAGCCAAACCGGCGCGAGAACGCUGCCGAAUGACUCUUCCCGAAGCCACCCGUUCAGCAUAAGUCGUCUGCUGGGCGAGAGCGGCGUUCGAAACCCUCCGAAGAGCCCAUCCUCGGAAGAGCCGGACAGCGACAAGGAGAGGAAAUGGUCCUGGGAAGAAGGGAAUAAUAACAAUAACAACAAUAAUCAGUCUCUGAGCGGCGUCCUGGACGAUGGCAGGCGGUCCUGGGGCCACGACGCCGAGGAGAAAUUGUCGGAGAAAGAUGACGAUGACAGCACGCCCGAAACUCGCGCCAACUCGUCAUCCUCGUCCGUUCAUUGCGCCUCGGCGGCGGACCUCCUCGCCCCCUUCCGGCUCUUCCCUACCGGUACCAAUCUCAUCUACACCGGCGGCGGGGUCAUAAGGGUACCGGCGCAUCGGCCGCCGGGAGCGAACGGCGCGCCGUCCGGCGCUCUCCCUGCACAGGCCCUCAUACCACCCUGGAGCCUGCAGGCCCUACAACACAGUCAGCAACAGGCAGCGGCGGCGGGUCUCCACAGGGCGAGUCUCUUGGCGAACCUCGCCGCGCAUCCCCUGCAACCGCAUCCGCAUCUCAAGGAUAGACUAGCAGUGGCCGGAGCAUUUCCGAGGCGGAUCGGUCAUCCCUAUCAGAACCGGACGCCGCCGAAGAGGAAGAAGCCGAGGACCAGCUUCACGAGGUUGCAGAUCGCCGAGCUGGAGAAACGUUUUCACAAACAAAAGUACUUGGCGUCCGCCGAACGUGCGGCGUUGGCCAAGUCGCUGAAGAUGACGGACGCGCAGGUGAAAACCUGGUUCCAAAACAGACGGACGAAAUGGAGGAGACAAACGGCGGAGGAGCGGGAAGCCGAGAGACAGGCCGCGAAUCGGCUGAUGCUGUCCCUUCAGGCCGAGGCUCUUGGUAAAGUAGCAUACCCGACGACGGUGUCCGGGCAUCCGGGUGGCGCGCCAGUGUCCAGCUUGGACAGCAGGCAACAGUCGUCGGCGACGGCAUUGACCCAUCCUGGGGUGGGCCAGUGGGCCUCCCCCUACGGUCCACCGCAGCCUCUCGCCGAGCCAAUUUGCUGAAGCGCGACGAUGAAUCGGCAGAGUCUCGCCAAGUGAAUCAUUGCACCAUCGUCUUCGUCGCAUGCGUUGCGUUCGACGAAGAUCAGAUCGGAACGAGUCGGAUAUCAAACUCGCUCGUUCAUCAAUUUCGAUCUAUGUACAUCCGUUCCUUCAUUUGCUUCACGAGAUUAGCGAAUGGUGGGACACUCAUUCGCUCAUCGGCCGAGUAAUGAUAAGGUAACGAUAGAAGAGAUUCUUUUCAUUUGUUUUUCUAGAAUAGUUAUACGAAACGUAGGCCAUAUUCUAGAGCAUCGCCUUUCUUCUGCCUUACGAUAUUCAGGCGACAACCAUGAACACGAACGUCCUAAUGAGCACCGCGAAAUCGAACAUAUGUACAUUGCCUUACGCACCACGUAUUCUCGGAGCUUGUUUAGCCGCAGCUCGAGAUUUUGCCAUAUUAUUGUCACGGUUUAAGCAAUUAAGCAGCCGCGCGCAGUCGAUACGACACGAUAAUCGUCCUGAAUUUAUCAUGUACGAACAAUCGGAUCGCAUUAAAAGCGUCCGUUCUUCCUCGCGAAAUGAGAUUGUCGCGAUUAAGCCCGGUUGACGCGACACUAUCGACACAUACGUGUCUUAAUUCGACGAAAUAAAGCAGUGAGAGUCGGAAGAAAUCCUCUCCGAAUGUUAUUUUUAGAUCGCGUCAAAUGAGUCCGAAUGUUCCGAUAAUUUAUUGAUCUACUCGAUCUUUUCUAAAGGGAAGCUGCACGUUAUGUAUCGCGUCGAGAGAAAUUGUCGAUUGCAAAAGCGAACACUAAGGUCCGUAUUUACAUCCUCAUUUAACAUCGCAUUUCACGCUGGAUAAAUUCUAAAUUCUUUAUCGUAGAUGUACACUAGCGAAUAAUCAGCUAAGAGAAAUAUUGUUGAGAGAAUGAGAGAGGGGGAUUUUUUUUUUUUUAAUGAAUACAAAUAUUUUUCCAUCAUAAAAAUGUAAAUACGGACCUAACGGAAGAGUUGACAUGACAUAUCUUGUGUACAUAUUAGGCGCCAUAGUUGUAAUUAGACAUUAUAUUAUACUUGUACGAUAUGAAAUAUACUUGUAUACGCAGAAAAAAAAAAAACGCUGUCGUGGACGGCGUACGUUUUCUUUGAUUGUUAUAUGCGUCCUGUAUAUAUUACUUUCUUCGCAACGCGCGACAAGAAAUGCAAUCAAGAUUACAUUAUAUCCCGGAAUAUUAUUACGAUAUUAUUAUUACAUAUAAAUAUAUAUAUAUUAUUACCCAUACACACAUUACACACACACACGCACAUACACAUACACAUUACGAUCAUCGUCGUCGUCAUAUGAUUAGGUAUGUAUAUUUUUAAAUUAAGAGUUCAGUCGUAAUUAUAUUAUUAUAGCGAACGAUGUGAUGUUAUGUAAGUACGUGUAACGUUGUAUAUACGAGAAAAAGAAUUGAAAUGCAUAUAUAAAAUGGUUUAACUGCUAUACAAUCUCCUCGCUAUCUAAUUAUAACAUCCUUGCGAGAAUUACCGCGCCGACACUGAUUGCGUGGGAAGAGCCCGGAAUUACGUCUAUUACCGCAGGAACAAUUAGUAAUAAUAAUUUCAGCAUUAACUAAACAGGUAGCGAUUUAUUCCGUGAUACAUAGGUAGUCAUCAAUUUUAAUGAUUUCUUUAAAUUCAUCUAUCUCGAGUUUUAUCGAUCGCAAUAAAUUUUAUUUAAAAAAAAUUGAUAAGAAAGUAAUCAACAAAUGUUUUAUAUCAAAGUAAUACUUUUAAUAAUUUUUUUCUUAGG